AUAAAUUUCUACUGUUCUCGCGUAUUAAUAUUUAGAGCAUUGUAUCGGCGUGUAGUAAAUUGCGUUAUUUAUCAUUUGUAUCGUUUGUGUUAGAUUGAUCCAAAGGACAGUACGGUCAUCAUUUGUAUCUUAAAACGGAUCGAUUAAAUUUCCUUCAAAAGAUGAAUCAGAAAUCUUAUUUGCUAGUCAAUCGCAGCUAUGCUUGCGAUUUUCUUUAAAAAUUUUAAGAAAAGCUCUCGAGAACGCGUAUCAAUGGCGAAAUCAAAUGGAUCUCGAUUGUCGGAACGAGGUAGGACAAAGCAUAAUUGUGCGUGCCAUUUUCUCGUGCUUUUAACGAUACCGCCGAUAAGCAACGAGCGAGAGAACUGAUGAGCGAAAUGAUUUAAUUGAUUUACAUGUGUACGAAAUUCAAAGAAAUCGCCAAUUGAUAAAAUCGACAACACAAUUAAAUUUAAUAAGCAUUGUAAUACGUAAUUACAGUACCGGACAAAAAUGAUAAUUUUAGGUAAAUUUCUAUAUUAGGGUCUUCACCUCCGAUUUGGUUCAAAAUUUACAUGGAGCUUCUAUUCGGUCUAGAAUUAGCAGUUAGGUAUCGUAUUUUAGAGCGCCGAAAAAGUGGUGGUCAUCACGAUUCGUCCAAAAGUUAUGAAGCAUUAAAAUUUCUGUUUUCUACAAUACGAAAGCAGGAUACAAUGCUAAUAUCAUUCGAUCGAUACUUUGUUUACAUUCUUCUUUAUACAGCAUAGAUUAGUUGUUAGGUGUUGCAGUGGGUUCCGUCCCUCUGCGACGGGCUCCACCUUCAAAAAAACUAAUACAACCCAACCCAAUUGUUGUAUGUGUGACUCACUUACACAACAAGUAGGUUGUACAACCGCAUAUAUUUUUCCACUCACACAACACUCAACCUAAAAACAUAUGUGCUGUAAAAAAUUACGUUUAUUCUAGCUAAUAUUCUAGGCUGUAUCCGGCUACAUUUGAAAUGGUUUUAUCACUGAUUGGACCAGCACUAAAUGCCACAGGUACCAUAUUUGGUAAAAAACUAAUUUCAGCAGAGAAACAACUAUAUAUUGCUCUUUGGUUUAUGGCUACUCCCGAUUCGUACAGAUCCGUUUGUGUCAAAUUUGGAGUUGGUAAAGUAACUGCUUUUAGGGCUGUGAGACGUGUUACCUACGCACUUCAUUGCAUCGCACCACGAUUUAUACAGUGGCCCAAAAAAGUUGUUGUUGCAGAUAUCAUGGAACAUUUCAAAAGGACUUGCGGCUUUCCAAAUGACAUCGAUGCCAUAGAUGGAACACACAUUAAAAUCCGAGCUCCGCUAGUUGAUUCAGCUUUUUAUAUAAACCGAAAAAGUUUUCCAUCCUUAAAUCUCCAAGUAGUAUGUGAUUCACGUGGCCUCUUUACGCACUGUUAUGCAGGACAAGUAGGAUCAAUUCACGAUGCUCGAGUUUUUAGAAACUCGCCAGUAGCACGUUUUCUAGAGAUGCCUGACAUAUACUUCCCUAAUGACUCCCAUAUUAUCGGAGACGCUGCAUAUGCAAUUCAUCCGCACCUGUUGGUCCCAUUUCGAGACAAUGGUCAUUUGUCGAACCGACCAAAAAAUUUUAAUUAUUGUCUAUCGUCAACAAGAAUGGCAGUUGAACGUGCGAUUGGACAAUUAAAAAUACGUUUUAGAAUACUAUUAGAUUGUCUACCACUGACGGGUGUUAAAAAAAUUCCAGAGUUUAUCAUAGCAUGUUGCGUAUUACAUAAUAUUUGCAUAUUACAAAAUGAGGAAUUACAGGCACCUGUUCGCGACAAUAACACUGACAUGGGAAAUGCUAAAAAAACAAGAAUAAUGUGCAUUGCAAAUGAGGCUCGUCAAUUGAUCGAUAAUAAAUAUUUUGAUGUAAUACAAAGGAUUUUAUAUUGUUUUUUUAUGAAUAAACAUUUUUGAUUGA